GGCUAGCGGAACACCGGCUAUAUCAUCUCUGCGGUAGUGACGCCGCGUUGCACGUUGCUAGUUAGUUGCAAUGUUGUAGCUAUUAGCACGAUAGCCAUUCCUUCGCUGGGAGGAAGACCCGCCGUUUAGUUUUACAGACCCACUAUUCACUUCAGCUUCAGUCCAACCAGCAGCCAACCGCUGGCCAACGGAAACUGCCGGCGGAACACCAGCUAGCUCGUUGUCUGCUCUUUCUUGUAGCCUGCUAGCUUAUACAGCCAGCUAGCGUUAGCUAGCCGCCAGCGUUCUACCGUCUCCUCCCCGCAGCGCGAACCGUCUCCUGCCCGGCUGGAGGACCAUGGCGAUGAGACAGACUCCGCUCACCUGCUCCGGUCACACCCGGCCCGUGGUGGACCUGGCCUUCAGUGGAAUCACUCCCUACGGCUACUUCCUGAUCAGCGCCUGCAAGGAUGGCAAGCCCAUGUUGCGCCAGGGAGACACAGGGGACUGGAUAGGAACGUUUCUGGGUCACAAAGGCGCUGUCUGGGGAGCCACUCUGAACACAGACGCCACCAAGGCAGCCACCGCCGCAGCUGACUUUACAGCAAAGGUGUGGGACGCAGUGAGUGGAGACGAGGUCCUCACACUGGCACACAAACACAUCGUCAAGACUGUCACCUUCACUCAGGACAGCAACUGUUUGCUGACUGGAGGAAACGACAAACUGCUGCGCAUCUACGAUCUUAGCAACCCUGAAGCAGCACCUCAGGAGAUUGCAGGUCACUCCUCAGCCAUAAAGAAAGCCUUGUGGUGUAACAACGACAAGCAGAUCCUCUCUGCUUCCGAGGACAAAACCAUACGACUGUGGGACAGAAGCUCUAUGGAGGAGGUGAAAACGCUGACAUUCGACACUUCUGUGAGCAGCAUGGAGUAUGUGGCUGAUGGAGAGAUUCUUGUGAUCACUUAUGGAAAGACCAUCGCUUUCUACAAUGCUCUGAGCCUGGAUUUGAUCAAGUUGGUGGAGGCCCCGGCUCCCAUCAACUCAGCCUCCCUCCACCCAGAGAAGGAUUUCUUUGUUGCUGGCGGAGAAGACUUCAAGCUCUACAAAUUUGACUACAGCACCAAGGAAGAACUGGAGUCCUAUAAGGGUCACUUUGGUCCAGUGCACUGUGUUCGCUUCAGUCCGGAUGGUGAGCUGUACGCCAGCGGCUCUGAGGACGGCACGCUCCGACUGUGGCAGACAGCCGUGGGCAAAACUUAUGGCCUGUGGAAGUGUGUCCUUCCUGAGGACCUGGGGGCAGAGAACUCUGAGCAGCUGUACACAGCCCCUGAGAUCAAAGCCUGAGGAGAAACCAGUGCUGUUAACGGGAUGAAAAAAGGAAGAAGGAAAGAAGACGAGCGGAGGGGUGUUCCAGCGUUCUAUCAGGCCCCAGCAAGGAGCAGAGUCCAGAGCAUCUCCAUCCAUCAGGAACUGAUGUGGAUAUUAUGACUGCCCUGUCUGUCAUAGAACUACCCAUCACACACUUGCACACACAUACAUACAUACAUACACACACACACACUGAUUUUAUGCACACAUAUGGACAGUAUGGUCUGCAGAGUAAAGCAGUAGAGCUAUGAGUGUUGGCUCAUCGCUGCCUGCUUUCUCUCUGAUCAGUCCACUUCUGUCUGUCGGCUUAAACUAAUUUUAACUUCCCCUAAAGCCUUGAACCCCAAACCCCCCCUCAAAUCACAUAAUGCUAAAAUUGGUUUUGGUUUAAAAAUGAAGGUAUUUUAUGAGCUGGACCAAGGCUUUUGUUUUCAGUUCAUAGUUACAGGAAUACUAGAGGUUGUUGCACAGGUUGUGCUAAAGUUAAGGGGCUUUCAUUUCUUCAAAAACAUUGCUUUAAGUAUCCGCUGUGUACUGGUUCAGUAUAUAAAGUUAAGUGUCCAAAUAAAAGAAAAUAUUGUUUUAUGACAAAGUGGAAAGAGAAGAAAUGUCAGUUUUCUUAUUUUUCAUUUUGGUUUUGUCUUUAUUUGUGUCCUGUGAUGAAAUAAACAAAUGCAUUACUGUUUUAUUUUUAAGUAAUGCACAAAGAGCAAA